AUGGUAGAAUCAUUCAACUUUACUAAGGCAAACUCGUCAGAUAUAGAAAUAUCAGAUGAUCAACCAAAUAAAUUUUUGAUUACAAAUGUAAUACCGGGAGAUUAUAAUUAUGAUGGAAAUUUGGAUCUAUUGUUGAUGGGACAAACUAAUCCAUCAAGUGUGUUUAGAAAAAAUGAGCCAUUGUAUAUGAGAGUGUAUUUUGGAUACGAUAAUGCUACAUUCAAUUCUAAAUACAUUGAGCUUGAUGCAUCAUAUUCACAACAUCCAAUAACAUUUGAUUUUAAUGGUGAUAUGAAAACUGAUUUACUCGGACAUUAUUUAUCAUCUGCACAAGACAACAAAUUAUAUGUAUGGAAAAAUGUAUAUAAUGAAUCCGCUGGAACAUUAUUUGAAAUAGUUCCACUGUCAACUAACAAUAAAACAAUGCCACAAAAAGGUUGUAGAUUAUCAGAACCACACUCGAAUGCUUUUAUAGAUCUCAAUGGUGAUUGUUUUUCAGAUUUAUUCUUGACAUGCGAGGAGGAGUUCAGAGAAACAUCAUACCAAAUAUGGGUUAAUCAAAAAGAUCAAGGAUAUGUACUUACUAGAUAUGGCGAAUUGCCUACAGAUGCAGGACCCAUUACAUUUGCUGAUAUAGCUUACAAUAAACAAAAACCUUUAUGUACGAGUAAAGACCAAAUAAAUUGUCGAAAAAUAUCAAAUUUAUGUGAACCUGAUGAUGACUUUAGAUUUAAUUUAAACGAUGAUCCAGAUAAUGAUGCAUAUAUGGUUAUAGACGUUAAAGAUUUAUUAGAUGGUGGAACAAUUGUUACCAAAGACCGAUCAUUCAAUGGAAUAUUGCCCGUUCCGAUCAGAAUUGGUGAUUACAAUUUAGACGGUUUUCCUGAUCUUCUUGUCAUUAGUGAAAAAAACUCUGAAAGUUUGGUUUCACUUUUACAAUCAACAGCAUGUACACUUGAACUUUGUGAUCCAUUAGCAGUUAAAGCUCAAAGACGUACAUUUUUUAAAGUGGUAGAUGGGGCACAUUCAUUAAAUAAAAUUAAAAAUGCAAAAGCAAGAGAUGUUUACUUGUUAAAUAACGAUUACUUCAAUGAUGCAUUCUUUUUGAAAACUUUAAUGUUAAACGGUGUAUCACAAAAACAGAACUAUGGAGUAAAUCAUCCAGGUUCGGCAUUUAAAUUCACUGUUGUAGAUACAUAUGGAAAUAAAAGAGCAAAUCAAGUUGCCCAGUAUUCUCAAGUUGGAUACCUUUAUUUACAAACACCAUACUCGCUCUUUGGACUUGGCCGUACAAAUAAUUAUGUCGAGGAAUUGUGGUUAUUGGAAUUAUAUAUUCAUCCCGGUGAUUGGAUUCCAUGGGUAUUAAUUACAUUAGUUAUAGCUACCGUAAUUUUAGCAAUUAUUGUUGCAGCAUUACAUUGGAUGGAAAAGAGAGAAGACGAAUUAGAAAAGAAAAAAGCGUCACAUGUUAUAAAUUUUGACGCAUUAUAA